AUGUCCUUAUGUCGGACGUACUUUGCGCACGAACAGUCGCAAGGAAUAGGUAGAACACAAGAAAACGCACGACGAACCAUUUAUUUACAAACGCAAACGAUGCAAUUGUGGGCAAACAUUCAAUCAUUCAUCAACAUCCGCGACCAUGGAGUAGCAAUGCAAAAUUCAAUAAAUAUUGCAAUGCAGAAAAUGAAGCCAAGUUGCGGCAAAGUGUUCAUUUCCUUUGGCGCAGUGAGGCAGCAUUUAGAAAAUAUUUGUUCUAACCUAACUGCGGCACAUCCGCCAUUCGGGCAUGCUUUGAGAAAUAUGCGUAAGCAUCAGAAGUUGCGCGGCAUCUUCAGUGCUACCAAAACUAUGAGUGUCCUUAUGUCGGAUGUACUUAGUACACGUACAGUCCCAAGUAGUAUACGGAACACAAGGGAACGCACAGCGAACCAUUUAUUUGCAAAUGCAAACAACCCACUUGUGAGCAAAAGUACAAUUGUAGCGCGUCAUUAUUCUCUCACAAGAAAACCUAAAUCUCAACUGUGGCAAAUUCUUCAGCCACAAGUACACCUUGCAAAGAUCAUAAAACAAUGCUUCGUAACUUCUCGUUAG